AUGGAACAUCAGAUUAUCUCUAUUCAUCGUACUUUACGUGAUGAUUCUUGUGCUUCUACUUCUUCGGCCAGACCUACGUAUGCUGCUGUUCUUUCUAAGUCAUUGCAUCCGCCAGCGAUGGUGGCUGAAGCGGCAUCUGAUGUUGCAUCUUCUCUUUCUAAGAACCUUAAGGGUGAGGGGUCAGAGUCAUCAUCCGAAGGUUUGGCCGAAGAAUCCUCGCCUGUGCUUGUGCAGGAUUCUCAAAGUCAAAGUCAAACUUCCACCGCAGAGAAAGAUGCCAUCACUGUUGAUGACACUGAUCAGAAGCAAGAAAGCCUAAAGGACGAUGUGUCGUUCAACAGCCAGGCACAGUCUACAACUCAAGGUCCCAUGACAGUGACAGGGCCCCACAAUAAUACACAAAGGUUUGCUGGAAUAACUACUGGAUAUGGAUCAAAGAUUCGUAAUGCUAACCUUCCUCCACAACAUCAUGGUAGGAUCAAUCAAAAUUGGAACACUCGUAGGAGUUUUCAUGGAAUAAGAGGAGGCAUCCAUAUGCCACCUAGAGGCCCUAUAAUAUAUGCAAGGCCACCUCUGCAGCCUCCACCACCACUACCACGUCCGCCAUUACUGACUUCUUGUCCUUAUAACCAUUUGCACCCAUCACCGAUGUUGGCACCGGUGCCGCCGCCACCUUAUAAUAAAGGCCCCUAUGGAUUCUCUGCAGGAUUGGGUCCUCAUCAUUUUCCAUAUGGUGCUGUUCGACGACCUCCUAUUUGUGUUCAAGCACCAAAUCCCGCGGACCUGUAUGAUAAAAUUGUAGACCAGGUUGAUUUCUAUUUUAGUUUUAAUAACCUGGUUAAGGAUAUUUAUCUGCGGAAGCAGAUGGAUGAUCAAGGUUGGGUUCCAAUAGGAAUUAUAGCAUCUUUUCCAAAGGUCAAACAAUUGACUGGCAAUGUCCAGAUUAUAGCAGAUGCUCUUAAAGCGUCUUCAGUAAUUGAAAUUUUGGAAUUGCUCGUUGUGGAGAUGGCAGAGAGAUUUGCAUUUUGUGGAUUGAGUGGGAACUUGGUGAGUUACCUGACAAAUGUUUUGGGAGAGACAACACCGGAAGCUGCUAAAAUUGUUGCCUGGGUUGAUGUCUCCUUCGUCUUCCCUUUGAUUGCAGCUUUCGUUGCUGGUUCAUAUCUUGGUCGUUUCAAGACUAUCAUCUUCUCUUCCAUCAUCUAUUUCUUGAUGAAUGCUUUGAAAGAUUAA